AUAUUUAUCUUAAAAGAAGGCGGACGCAUAAAGAGUAGGAUCUUGGCAUAGCAGAAUUCAAUUGGCUGCACAUGCAGUCUAUCACUAACCUUCAAAAGGCUUCUUAUCUCGAUUGGAUGCCGGCGGAGAGGCGUUGUAUUUGGGUCUUGCAAAAAGUUCAACACAACAGACGACGGGAAAUGAGUCAGAAGUUUGAGACAUGACUGCAAAAGAGCCCUGAACUAGUAGGCAGGAGGAUGUCUAUUGAAGCUGAAGUGUUGCUGCAGGAGGCAAAGGAAAGCAUUGAGGCGGCCCAAAACUACAGAAGUGAGCUCCAGCAACGCCUGCAUGGGCUCAGCCAGGCACGCAAACAGGUGCGGGGUAGCUCCAGCCAAGCCCGCGAGGCCCUGAAGCGCCACUUCUCCGAGCUGCAAAUGGCAGCGGCGCGCCUGCUUGCCGAGCGGCUGGCCUCCCUCCUUGCUGAGGUGGACGCCAUCGAGCAUGACAGUGUGCAGCCGCUGGACGACUGCCAGAAGCUGAUUGAGCAGGGAGUUGGCGCUGCUGACGAGCUGCUCCGCGAGGGCGAGGUAGCUAUCCGCUGUGGGCUGGCUGAGAAGGAAGACAAGCUUGGAAGCUUCACCAAGAAAGCUCUACAGAUCCAACUAGACAGCCUCCCGGAGGUGCCUGCCCUGGUGGAUGUGCCAUGUGUUUCAGCCCAGCUGGACGAUUCACUUCUGUACGCGGUGAGGGAGCGCGUGGCCAAGCACGGCUCUGUAUCUUCGCACCCCCCGGUCCAGAUAGAGGAGCUGCAGGAAAGGCCUGGGAGUGUGCUGGUGCGCUGGUGCAAGGUGGACGAUGACUUUGCAGCGCAGGACUACCGUCUGCAGUACCGACGGAGUGCAUCGGGCCAGUACAAGGAUGCCUACAUCGGCCGUGACUGCGAGUUCCUGGUGCUCCACCUGGACACACACACCGAGCACCUGUUCAGAGUGAGUGCCCGCGGUGAGGGCCGCACGGAGUGGAGCCCCUGGAGCGUCCCCCAAGCCGGAUAUACCACCAUGGCGCCGCAUGAUUGGUGCCCAGGCAGUGAGGGCUACAUCCUCAGCAGUAGACGGAACAUCGCCAUGCGCAGUGACUCAUCCUCUUCCAGAACCCCGGUCCUCUACUCCAAUGCUCCAACCUACUUCUGUGGACAAACUCUCACCUUCAAGAUCUCAGCCGUGGGUCUGGUGGACAAGCAGGACAGCAUUGGAGUGUGUGUGGAUUGUGAGAGUGGGGCGGAGUCUCUCCAGAGAAACCAGGCUGUCUGCAUCUCGACCAAUGGUACAGUGUUUGUCAAUGGAAAAGAAAUGACCAAUCAGCUUCCGGAUAUCACCUUGGGCUCUGCUGUGACCUUUGAAAUGGAAGUUGUCAAUCUACUUCCUGUCAGCAACAACAACUUGAGUGAUGGGGGCAACUUCAAGCUAAGGGUGACAAUUGGCACAGGGAACAGGGAAGUGGUCUUUGAUUGGCUGCUGGAUCAAGGGGUGGACUGCUUAUUCUUUGGCUGCUCCUUUACCCAUACUGGUUGGAAGGUGUUGGUGUUUUGAGGCCUCUCAUUGGACAGGAGGGCUGUCAAGGGGGCACUGGCAACAUGACAAUCCUGAUUGCUGGACUUCUCAACCUGCUUUUUUGGCCCAGUCCCAAACCAAUGUUUUAACUCCUACCCCCAGAUAUUUUUCCUUCCCUUUCUUCCAGAUACUCACUGAUGCUGCCUUGUAAAUCUGAUGGAUGAGGUGGAUGUGUCAAAGUCAGUUGGUGUCCUCAUAAAACGACUAAAGGGCUACAUUGGCCUCCACCAAAAUGCAAACAUGUAUGAUGUUUGAUAGAUCAGAUAGAGAGAUCCAUCUAUCUGGCUUGUUUCAUGUUUUCAAGGAACCAUUUGGUUUUGGGUGUAGGUACCAAAUUAUGUUUGUUUUUCAACACACAAUUCUGUGUUUUUUAUUUGGACCAGGCUUGCAUAAAAAACAAGAGCGUUGUUUACAGCUUACACCUUUUUUGCUGAUGAUAGCCCAUCUGGCCAUGUCCUCAAUAAUGAGAGUCAUUACUGUGGUUAUAUCACCAAGGACAUUUGACAGUUGUGGUAUUGAACAAUGCCUGUGGUAAAGCCCACACAAUAACAAUCCUUGGGGGCACAAAAUGGCGGAUGUGGCAGCAGUAACCCAUCUGUAAGGAGGAUUGUGUGGUCUCAGUCUCAGUGGUGGGUAGAUAGAUAACAGGAAGAGACGUACCUUUACACUGUCGGACAUCAAAGGGCUGGACUGCAAAGCAUCCUGGUCUGGCUCCAGCACAGCCAUUGUGAAACUUCUUAUUCUCCUUUUAGUGAUGCAAGUGUAGACUGUUGUAGAUUUUGUGACACAUUUUCUUUUUUAAUUGAGUGAAUUAAUUUAAUUCUGUAGUUCUGUCCUCCUUUUACUUUUUCCACAUUUCCCUUUUUUGGCCAAUUUACAAAACAGUAUUUUAAAGUAACUUGUAAUCAUUGUAUUUUCUUGUAGGAGUUGUGUUUUUGUUGGUUGUUGGUUUUCUGUGAACCUAGGAUGGAAGGAGCCUGUGAUUGGUGAAUGUCAAACUUGCUGUCUAAUAGGUGAAACGGAACGAUGGAACGAAUGAGAGUAAGAUAUUAAUGUCAUAAGAGUAUGCAAUUUACGACUGAUGUGACUCAAUUCAAAGCGUGUCCUUUAAAUAAAAAAUAAAUCAAUGAUCUUAA